AUGGGUCGCAAGAAAUCUAAAGCUGCAAAGGCAAAAGAUAGGAAAAUCUCACGAAAACCAUUAGCCAGCAAUGAACCAUCCGGUUCAAAGCCACCCGGUCCAAAAUCAUCCGGUUAUAAGAUAGUUGGUUCAUUUAUUAGGCCGUCUGAGAAAAGUCCAGAAGAAAAGAAGCGAGAAGUUACUGAAAAAUUUUCUGAAGUGUUAAUGUCAACUCUGGAAAUGUUCAAUUAUAAUCAGAAAAAUAAUAUACCAGCCGAAAUUCUAAUGUUGAUUUAUGCUAAGAGCAGAUGGAUGAAACAACCAAAAGUACUAGCACCAAGUUGGGUUAAACAAUUUAAUAAAUUUGGUAGAAUUGAUGGACCAGGAUUCAAUCAUAUGCGACGAGAUUUUCGUAUCCUUUAUAAACAUACUUCGGCUUGCAAGAGAGGAUUUGAAAAAUUUAUUAAAAAAUUCCCAUGUGAAUCCGAUCCAAAGUCCCGAAGCUUUCCGGUAAUUUCAAAGAAGAGAUUCUUUGCCAGAAAGGGCGGAUCUAUUUCAAAAAAGAAUGUAAAAACUGAAUCCGUUUUAAAACAAAAUAUUCAACUUGGACAAUCUACUUCAAAACAAAAUGUUGAAAAUGAAGAAGAUGAAGAUGAAGAUGAUUUUGAUGAUGAUGAUUCAAGUGAGGAGGAAUAUGAUAGUUUUGAUUUGCCAUCAUCUUUGUUAACUGAAUUACAACGGGAUUGUAUUAAGAAAUCAGUUGCAGCUAAUAUAGCUUUGGAAAUAGUUUGUUCACCAGAAACUCAAAUAACACUCAAACGAUUGCUUAUUUUUGAAAAGCAUCAGUUGGUAACUGAAUGGGAAAUAGCUAAGAAAAUAUAUUGUUUACAAAAUAUAAGCUGGGAAAUAAUGCCAGGAAUGAUAAAUCUUUGUGAUGAAAUAGCUAAAGAAAUGAUUGAGAUUGAUCGGGCACUUGAAGCAAUACAUUGUUUGGGGCGAUAUGAAAUGGCAGCAAAAUUACUAUCAAUACUAAGGAAAUCCAUCAAGGCUCGAUUACGAAAGAAAAGUGCCAAAAAAGAAGAAACAGAAGUGCAUUCAGAAGAGAAUGAGACAGAAGAAAGUGAAGAAUCGGCAGAUAGUGAAACGGAAGAAAGUGAUGAAUCUGAAGAUGAUGAAGCAGAAGAAAGUGAUGAAUCUGGAGAUGAUGAAGCGGAAGAAAGUGAUGAAUCUGAUGAUGAUGAUGAGGCGGAAAAAAGUGAAGAAUUUGAAGUAACACUUGAUAAUGAUUCAUCAGAAGAUAUUGAAGAAUUGAAAAGUGUUAUUGAUGAAAAGGAGCAAAAAGAAAUGAUUAAAGUAAAGAAACAUAUGACGACGACUUUUCUUGAUUUGUUAAGAGCAACAAAAUUCUUUGCUGAAAUACGUAAUGUUGAUGAAAAAGAGAUUGAUCGUAUGGGUCAGUUAAAUUAUAAAUUUUAUGAAAUGUUAUCUUCGAUGACUCAAACUUAUUAA